GCUACGUCAGAGGUGUCAGGAUAGGUUGCGCAGGAGACCUAGUUGCGAUGUUUGGCAGGUGCUGUUGCCUUCAGCCAGAGGAUGGGCAUGAGCAGGUCUUCCACACUGCCACGCCCAUGGAGUUUCCUCCGGCGGGCGAGCGCAAGUCCUUGCAAGUCCCUCCGGACUUCAGUAUCCGCAGCGUGGACUCCAGCGCGACCCCAGGUGCAGGCUACAUCAGUCUCAGCGAGGAGCAGAAGGCCAGAGAGAUGACCAAAUUGCAGCACAUGAUUCGCGACUUCGUCAUGGAGUUCCUCCAGGGCGUUUUCCUUGACGCCGUUCUGGAGGAUGGAACUUUGGUUCCCUGCAGAUGUGUCAUGGACAGCAAGCUCUCUGUACUCAUGCUGCAGGUUCACUCCACGACUCGCACGGUGGACUUGACCAGCAUCCAGGAGAUUUGCUCUGGAAAUGAGCUCAAGGACCUACAGGUGACAACACCCCUGGACGAGCACUGUGUUACCCUAGUCAUGGCGGACGACCGAUGUGUGUCUUUCAAGUUUCCCGACAAGCAGGGCCGCGAGCACUUUGCCACUUGCAUGAAGGUGCUGAGGCUGGCCUUGGACUGACGUGGGGACCCGCUGCUUCAAGAGCAGAAUCGAAAGGACGAAAUGAGUGUUUCUCAAAGCAGAGGUCCU